UCAGCGGGCGGGGUGGCGGGUUGCCGGUCUGCGGCCUCUCUCCGCCCUCCUGCUUGCCUCUUGCCUCCCGCCUCCCUCUCCUGCCUGCGGCCGGCCAUGCUGCUGCCGUGCGUGCGGAGGACGGCUGCUCGCCGCCUGGCCCGGGACCUGCUCCUGGCCGGCAGCUGCCCGGCGCAGGGCCCCUCGCCGCGGGGCUGCAGCCGCCGGGCGGGCGGGAAGGGUCUUGUUCUGGGAAUCUACUCAAGUGAAAAGGAUGAAGGUGCUGCCCAGUUCACUAGUGCAGGAGAUGCUUUUGAUAGACUCGUGUCUGGAAAGCUGAGGGAACUUCUGUCCAUAUCUGGGCCACCUUUGAAGAAAGGUAAAACACGCAUAUUCCAUGGUUUGCAUCAGGACUUUCCAAGUGUGGUUGUAGUUGGCUUGGGUAAGAAGAAUGCUGGACUAAAUGACCAAGAAAACUGGAAUGAAGGCAAAGAAAAUAUUCGUGCAGCUGUUGCAGUUGGUUGUAGACAGAUCCAAGAUCUGGAGAUGCCUUGUGUUGAAGUAGACUGCUGUGGAGAUGCUCAAGCAGCUGCAGAAGGUGCUGUCCUUGGAUUGCAUGAAUAUAAUGAGCUGAAGCAAAAAAAGAAACCUGUAGUUACUCCUCAGCUUCAUGGAAGUGCUGAAAAUGAAGCCUGGCAAAAAGGUGUAAUCUACGCUGAGGGUCAGAACCUCGCUCGGUACCUUAUGGAGGCUCCAGCUAAUUAUGUAACUCCAUCCAAAUUUGCCGAACAUAUGGAACAGAAGCUCAGAAGUUUCAGCAAUGUGAAGGUCCAUGUAAGACCAGAGUCUUGGAUAGCAACACAACAGAUGGGAGCAUUCCUGAGUGUAGCUAAGGGUUCAGCUGAACCUCCCAUCUUUCUGGAGAUUCACUAUUCAGGUGGUGCUAAUACAAAUGACUCCCCAUUGGUAUUUGUAGGAAAAGGAGUUACAUUUGACAGUGGUGGCAUUUCACUGAAGCCGUCAUCGGGCAUGGAUGCGAUGAGGGCAGACAUGGGAGGAGCAGCAACUAUCUGUUCAGCCAUUGUGACAGCAGCAGCUUUAAAUCUACCUCUAAACAUAAUUGGCUUGGCACCCCUCUGUGAAAACAUGCCCAGUGGUAAGGCAAACAAGCCUGGAGAUGUAGUUAGAGCCAAGAAUGGAAAAACAAUACAGGUAGAUAACACAGAUGCAGAAGGAAGACUGCUGCUAGCUGAUGCUCUGUGUUACGCCCACAGUUUUAAUGCAAGAGCUAUUGUGAAUGCUGCAACAUUAACAGGUGCCAUGGAUGUUGCGUUGGGGUCUGCGGCAACUGGAGUGUUCACAAACUCAUCUUGGCUUUGGACUCACCUUUAUGAAGCCAGCAUUUUGACAGGAGACAGAGUUUGGAGAAUGCCUCUUUUUGACCAUUACACAAAACAAGUAACAGACUGUCCUCUUGCAGAUGUUAGCAACAUUGGCAAGUACAGCAGAUCUGGAGGAGCAUGCACAGCUGCUGCAUUCCUGAAAGAAUUUGUGACUGCCUCUCACUGGGCUCAUUUAGAUAUAGCUGGUGUGAUGUCUAACAAGGAUGAGGUGCCCUAUCUUCGAAAAGGCAUGGCAGGGCGGCCUACGAGAACCCUAGUGGAGUUUGCAGCUCGAUUGAGUCAAGACAGUCACAAUACCCAAUAAAAUACCUAUUCUAAAAUAAUCUACUCUGCCUUAAAAAAAAAAAAAAAAGUAUUAUUCAUAAAUGAAUGUCCCAAGCGUAUUUUUACUACAGUAAUGAACUACAAGUGCUUUUUAUAAAUCAUUAUUUGGGUGAGAAUAUCUUGCCUUUGAGAUUUGUCAUCCCAUAUAAUGCAGUUAAAAAUAAAAACUCCUGUUUGAAAUGUUGAGAUAUUUAGUACCAAAACACGAUGGUGGAAAACAUCUGAACUGCUUUUUUUAUAUGUUAAGUAUGCUGAAUUAUUGCAAACAAUAAAUCUCUUAUUUGGGUGUGA